GCCGCUGCCAAACAAAUUUGCACACGGUCCGCGCUGAAGUACAUAGCGUCCCACAACUUGUUCAACUCGCGGCAUCUCCCAUACGAAAGACAGUGAUAGCUGUCGUUCUUUCAUUAUUACCUUCAACAUGAAGAAGGUCCUCAGUCUCCUCCCGCUAGCUCUCAUCCUGCCAGCAGUCCUCGCCGUACCAGCCCAGGACGCACAAGUCGUUCUUGAAGGGACUAGCCACGUUCAGAAUAUUCCCUUCCACCUACCAGACACCGAGAGAGUGCAUGAAUGGUUCGAAGACGGGAAGCAAUUCAUCAAACAACACGGCUUAACCUAUGAGCUAGUUCAGCACCCUCAUUUUGGGGAUUAUAAGCUCAGGGUCACGGAGCCUAAGCUAUGUGACCCUUCGGUGAAACAGUACUCCGGUUAUCUUGAUAUCACCGAUGACAAGCAUUUGUUCUUCUGGUUCUUUGAGUCACGCACCUCUCCCGAAGAUGCGCCCCUUGUGAUGUGGCUCAACGGCGGCCCAGGAUGUAGCUCGUCUACAGGCCUGUUGUUCGAACUUGGUCCAUGCAACAUCGCCGAUGAAGGCGCCAACACGACGUUUAACCCCCACAGCUGGAACAUCCACGCGAACGUAAUCUUCCUAGACCAACCCAUCAACGUUGGAUAUUCGUACUCUGAAGAUGGCAGUACCGUCGAUUCGAGCCCCGUCGCUGGAAAGGACGUUUACGCUUUCAUGGAACUCUUCCUCGGCCGUUUCCCCGAAUAUUCCACUCAGCCUUUCCAUCUCGCCGCCGAGAGUUACGGAGGCACGUAUGUUCCGAACAUCGCAAACGUUAUCUACACCGAGAAUAAACUGGUUCCUCUUUCGCCUGAUGUCGGACUUAUCAGGAUCAACCUCGCCUCUGUUAUGAUAGGCAAUGGAAUGACCGACAACUAUGUCCAAAUGGCGUCGAUACCUGACUAUCUCUGUGAAGGACCGUACCCGAUCUAUGAUGAUCCCAGUGCUCCGCAAUGCGCUGCUUUGAGGAGCAAAGUGCCGACUUGCCAGAGACUGAUCAAAUCUUGUCGUGAUUUUAACUCUCGUUUAACUUGCGUACCUGCUGCGCUAUAUUGCAACUCUCAACUUUACGCCCCCAUUCAACAAUCCGGCCUCAACCCUUACGAUGCGCGUAUCAAAUGCGAUCGUGAGAAAGACGGCCCUCUGUGCUACCGUCAGAUGGGGUGGAUCGAGACUUUCAUGAACGAUCCUGAGGUCAAAGCUGCCCUUGGUGUGAAUCCGCAGCGCAAGUUCGAGUCCUGCAACAUGGCUGUCAAUCAGGCGUUUAUGCUUCAGGGCGAUUCGAUGCGUAAUACGCCGCUAUUGUUGACGGAUAUGGUCAAUGACGGCGUUAGACUGUUGAUCUAUGCUGGUAACGCGGAUAUGAUGUGCAAUUAUAUGGGUAACGAACGUUGGGUCGAACAACUCGAUACUAUCUUUUUGGAUGAGUUCUCUACGGCUCCGACUGAGCAGUGGGUAACGAUGCGUUCUGGAAAGGUCGCUGGUACUGUCCGGUCUGCCGGUGGCGGUGGUUCUGGCGCUGGGAACGUCACUUUUGUUACUGUUUACGAAUCUGGGCACAUGGUUCCUUAUGACCAACCUGAAGCCGCCUUGGACAUGAUGACGAGGUGGAUUAUGGAUAUCCCGCUCACACUCGACAUUACGGAGGCAGUGCCUCUCGUACCCUUUGGAGGAAUAUAAAUUGAUUCGUUUCACAGACACGCCUUGUAUCAUUACUUAUAUAAUGGGCCUUUCUUAUCGCACUUGUGUGCACUUGACGCUAGGACUUAAUUGAACCGCUAAAGGCAAACCUUCUCACUAGCCACUAGGAAUGUUCGUCUAGAACGUCAUUUCAAUUGGUCUCACCUGCUCCUCGUGGUCUGGUCGUGAGAACCAACCCCUGUCUUCAGC